AUGAUCCUUUCACUAUCUCCUGUUCUCCCUGCUCUUCGUCGGCCCAUCUCUGAUUCAUCCUCGAGAUUACUUCGUCGGCAUUUGCAAUCACCAGCCAAGAGCGUGCUACAAGAAUUGGAUGAGAGGGGCUUUAUUGCUGCACUAACGAGUCCCAAAUUGCAUAAACAUGUCGAAUCUCCUACUACGAUAUAUGCCGGAGUAGAUCCUUCAGCAUCUUCUUUACAUGUCGGUAAUUUGCUACCUCUGCUUGGCUUACUUCAUUUUCAAGCAAAAGGUCAUCAAUCGAUAUGUCUGAUUGGAGGAGCGACGGGAUCUAUUGGAGAUCCAUCAGGUAGAUCAACGGAACGUAAUUCAUUAUCAUCAGAAGAAUUAGCUGUGAACGUAAAAGAAAUAACAGAUCAAGUACAUCGAUUCUUUUCUACUGGAUCAGAAUACCUUCGCAAAAGAGGUAUAGCUACGAUUUCGAAUAGCAAAGGGAAAGAGAAAGAGAAAGAGAAAGAGAAAGAGAAAGAGAAAGAGAAAGAAGAACAAGUUGAUUUCGGAGUAAAAGUCGUAGAUAAUUAUGAAUGGACAAGAAACGUUUCAUUAUUAGAUUUCUUGAGAGGUACAGGUAAAUUAGCAAGAGUCGGCGUGAUGCUCUCUAGGGAUAGUGUGAAAAAUCGACUCUCAUCCGAUUCAGGUAUUUCAUACACGGAAUUCACCUAUCAACUAUUGCAAGCAUUUGAUUUUUCACAUCUAUGGUCUAAAUAUAAUUGUAGAAUACAAUUAGGUGGAAGUGAUCAAUGGGGAAAUAUAGUUUCUGGAAUUGACUUAAUAAAACGAUCACAAUCACAAUUACACUUACGAAUCCACGAUGUAAUCAAAGGGGAAACCGGAGUCGAGAUAACGGAGAGUGGGAGUGAAGGAGAGACGGAAGUUGAAGCUUACGGUAUCACGAUACCCCUCUUAACGACCAGUACAGGUGAAAAAUUCGGUAAAUCUGCUGGAAACGCAGUUUGGUUAGAUGAAAAUAGGACUAGUCCAAGUGAAUUUUAUCAGUUCUUCCUAAGAACAGCGGAUGAAGACGUUGCCAGAUAUCUCAAAUUAUUCACUUUCUUGCCGACUGAGAAGAUUGAGCAGGUAUUGGCUGAUCAUGCUGAAUCGAAAUCACAAAGAAAAGCUCAGAAAAUAUUAGCUUCGGAAGUGACUGAACUAGUACAUGGAUCCUCCGGAGUAUCCAAAGCACUUUUAUCAUCCCAAUUACUCUAUUCAACUUCGAGGGAAAACAUAAAAGCCGAUCAAGUACUGGAAGCUUUUAAAGGUGAUAAUCGAUUUCAUAAAAUAUCAUUCUCUGAAAUAUCACACAAACCGAUAUCAAAACUGGUUGUACUAUAUGGUCUUUGUCAGAGUAGAGGUGAAGCUAGUAGAUUGAUCAAUUCAGGUGGAAUCACUUUUAAUGAUAGGAAAAUCAAUGAUCCAAGGGAUGAAAUCAAAAGAUCACAUUUGAUAGAUGGUAAAAUCGCUAUUUUGAGAAUCGGUAUCAAGAAACAAGUCAUCUUUUAUUUGGAUUAA